AACCAUUUCACCGUUGACUCAGUUGCGUUCUACAUAGAUUCCGUGCUGCUUUGCAUAUUAAGGAAAUUCACCUGUUGGAAGGGUUUUCUUUGCCCGUGCGAGAAAUUCAAAAUCUGACGGAAAACUAACAGUUUGUUUUCACAAAUGGCUGAGCCCAUUCGAAUAUCAGCUCUAGGUAGGGACGCGCAGGUUGGAGGUCUCUACAACUACUUCACCGACGUCAUUUCCACAUAUGGAAUCGAAGUGCCGAACGACCGCAAAACGAUAUCGGAAACCGCUGGGAAAUGGACGCCUUCCUUUUUCUAUCAGCAACCCGAAAAAUUCAAACAUUCCAUUUUGGGUAUCAACUCCCAUCUACUUCAGAGUAUCAACCAAGGGUCUGUGCCCGGUCGCCAAUGUUGGUUCGCCGAUUACCUGUAUACAAACUCGAUGGAUGGCGAUGAAAAGCAUGCUCAAGUCACUCUAUUUUUCCGAGUAGCGCGACGAAAGGAAACCCUGGAUUCCGAUUUUCUACGAUCGAAAAUUGAUGACGAUCGACUGAAAUGGACGACACCAACGCAUAUGAUUGACGAGGUCGUCUACGGCGUGGAGGUGAUAUGUUCAAUGCGAAAAACCUUGAAUUUAUCCCCAGAAACAAAGCCAAGCGCUGAAUUCAAAAUUUACUUGGCAGCUAAGAAAUAUUUUGAUGAAACAAACAUGAAAUCGACUAGUGCGAAAUUGCCAUUCGAAUUGCAUCAAGUCUCGUGUACGGUUUUGAGUAGUAUCGAAAAUGGUUAUAAGAGAGAAAUGUCUUUCGAGGCAUUCAUCCACUACUUGCAAGAUCUGUCAAGUUCUGAUACGGGCAACAUUCAGAAGAAAUGGAAACCCAUUGAAUUUCUCCUACGAGACAUACCAGCUGCCAGGAUCGAAGCACGGAUGUGGUCAGAUAGGAAGGGCGAUAUCUAUCUGGAAAAAGAGCGGCAUCGAGUGACCAGUAAAUGGAUGACGGAAGAGAUCCGUGACAUUUCCAGCGAUCCUUCUCUUAAACAUUUUCCUCAUCUCGCAACACUUUUUUAUAAUUUCCAAAGUUUGAUGGCUAAGUUUUGGAAGAAAGUGGAAGAAGAAUACAAGAUCCAUGAGACAUCUUCGCCCGAAAAAGCUUUAGAACAAAUGCGUUCUAUUUCAAAUUUGCUGAAUACAAUAAUCGACUUGUUUGCCUAUCGGCGGGUGGAACUUGAAGAAAUUGGUUGGCUUUUGAGUGGCACAAGUUUUAAACUACUGAAUUCGGCGGAAAUCGAAGCUCAAAUGGCUUCCAAAGAUUGCAAAAUAGCCAAACAGUUCGUCUUGAAAGUCGAAUACAUACAGGACGUUCUUAUACGUAAAUUAGAGGAAUCAGUUGGUCAACAAAUCUCGAAUGCUGUACGACCCGUUUUACCGAUUUUCUCCCAUGAGAAAGGGCUACUCCAAUCUGUUUAUACUGCGUUAAGGAAAUUCGCAAGCGAGGCAGAACGGAACGUGAACACCAUGAACUACCACAUAGUACUUGAUUAUUCGAAGUUGAAAGAAGGAACUACAAUAACCGUAGACUAUUCCGAAAAAUCGUCAGACAUGAUGCCGGGGUAUAAUCCCAUUCAAGACUUGGAAAAGAAAGAAAAGCAAAAAUGUUUUCCUAGCAGUUCUUCUAAUCUCGCUUGUUUGCCUGCUCCUUUGGUUCCAACCAUUGUUUCAAAUGAAAAUCAACAGUUGAGGACGGACAAGGAUUCUGGGCGUAUCAACCCCAAUUUUGCUGAAAAUCCCACAGCUCAAUUGAAGGAAAACGAAGAAACCGAGAUGGACAUUGAAAUGGACUCCUCCUCUGAAGAAAUGAAUGAUGCAGGUUGCAAUCAGCAUAUGAAAGGGUCACCGCCAACAGCAUCGCCGAUGGAGCAGGCGCAGUCAACUGCAAACACCGUUAACCAGAAAGGCCAGAGCGGAAUAGAAUGCGAGGCAGAAAUACAAAAUUUACCAAUUGGAAAACUCAAUUUGAGUGACGCAAAAGCAAGAGGGCAAUCAACAUCCGCCGUCGUUCAACCUCGGAUGAAACUGAACGACGAUAGCAGCAAGAAACAAGAACGCGUACAUGGCAGAGUUAAUGACAAAGUCGAAGCUGGGGGAGUAGAUCCUUAUGAUGAACAAAAUGAUAGAUGGGUGGCCUGCGAAAACACGGAGCUCCAUGACAAUCGAAGAAUUGCUGAAAUUUAUGCUGACGAGAGCAGAUCGUACAGCAGAUUAAACAAAAAGGGAUCGCCAAACGUAUACUUGCUAAACGCGACGAAAAAAACAAACAGCGCCAAAAUCAAUUGGUUCGAAAUCUGCCGGCUCGGCGACUCUAUUCGGUUGCCUAAUCCGAAGAAUCAUAAAAUCAUCAUUUUGAUGGGCGCCACUGGAUGCGGAAAGAGCACUUUGAUCAACGGCAUGGUCAACUACAUCUUCGGCGUCCAGUGGAAGGAUCCGUUCCGUUUCAAAUGCGUCCGCGAAGACGAGGACGCGGCCAGGAACCAAGCGCACAGUCAAACGAGUUCUGUGACGGCCUAUACACUCCACCAUAAAAAAGGAAUGGCCAUUCCGCAUUCGAUAACCAUCAUCGAUACCCCUGGCUACGGCGAUACAAGAGGAGUUAAAAGAGACAAGGAAAUCACGGCCGCCAUCCACAGCUUUCUGACUCAACAAGAAAUUCCAAUAAAUGAAAUUCACGCCGCCUGUUUUGUCGCCGCUUCGGGUGACAGUCGAUUGACGGUAACGCAGCGCUACAUCAUCGACUCGGUUCUUUCUAUCUUUGGAAAAGACAUGAAGGCGAACCUUCGCUUGUUGGUGACAUUUGCUGAUAAUGCUGAUCCUCCCGUCGUCGGUGCUUGUCUUUCUGCUAAUUUCCCCGCGACAUCGGAUGGCAUCGCCUACAGCAAAUUCAAUAGCUCCGUUCUCUAUUGUUCCAACGUGAAACAGGGAGAUGACGAAUUCAGUUUCGACCAAUUGUUCUGGGACAUGGGUCACGAAAAUUUUAAGAAAUUUUUUGAUAUGUUGGAGAGAAUGAAGGGUAGGGAUCUCAAGUCCACACGGGAAGUCAUUCACAGUAGACGCCAACUGGAACAAUCGCUGAAAGACAUCGAAGAAGAAAUGGAAGUGUGUCUAAUCAACAUCGAAAGCAUAGAAAUUUUUCAGAGGAAAUUGAAAACAUAUGGCCAUAAUAUGGAAGCUACCAAGAAUUUCACGUUUGAGCAGACUGAGAAGUUGCAAUGUGAAAAGGGAUACUUUGCCUAUAACUGCGGCAGGUGCAAUAAAACCUGCGAAAGGCAAAUCAAAAAACAAAAGUCACUCCCUAAAAAAACAGGGCAUUGUGGAAAUAAUGCCUGCCACUGUCCGCCAUCUGACCAUAAGAUGGAAGAAAUGGAAUGGCGUUUGGUUCCAGACAAGGUAACAUUGACUUUUUUGGACAUGAAAGCCCAGUACGAAUUGAAUUACGAAGGCAAGAUGGACGCUGAAAAAAUGCUGGACGAGUGCUCGUACGAUUUAGAAGUGGCUAGAGUCAAAGUCUUGACUCUGCUCGAACAAGUGGCUAAGAACGUCAAGUUACUUGAAUCCACAGCUUUACGUUCGAACGUACUCAGUCCAUCCGAUUACCUGAGUUUGAUGAGGAGUCGUGUCAUGGAGGAACAGGCCCCUGGCUACAUGACACGUCUAGAGACAUUAGAUGACAUACAGCAGAUGUUGGCCAAUGGUACGUCGCAACCGGUACAUAGCGCAGGUACAAGGGACAAUCGACAGCAAACAUACCAAUCAACAAAUCCGGCUGCCGCGUCAAAUUAUGGUCAAGAAUACAAUAAACCGCAACCUACGCAAUACGAGCCAAUCUCCGGUGAUCACGAAGAGAGUAAACCGAAGGGUAGACAUUGGUUUCGUUGGAGUUCGAAAAACAGCGGAAAGUGACAACUGAUUAGCACAACAGAGAGAAAAAAAGCGAAUCGUGGAAGGUUUAAGCUUAUGUUUUGCGUGUAUAUCAAAUUUAAGUUACAGUUCUAACCAUUUCUUUAUCCCAACAAAAGACAUUUUUCCGAAGACAAACAAAAAAUCAAGACAUUGGUGGGGUGCGCUUUGUCAAAGGAAUUCUUCAUUUUAAAUCAGUAAACAAAAAUCGAUUAAACCGACUUGCUGCGAUUAAUUUCUGGGAACUCUUUGAGUUUUAAAAGAAAUGACUUAUAAUUUUAAAUUUCAUGCCAACUUUGCCAAGUGUCAAAAGGUAACGUUCUAAUUUUUAAUUACAUUACCCUGUUUACUAGUAUCGUACCUUCAAUACGCUGUAGACAGAAAUCGAAAAAUCAACAUGGUAAUACAUGCGAAAUGCUUAUCUUUGAA